CAAAAGAAAAAACUUCACUUUGUUUAAUCUCUGAAACGAGCAUGACCAGAAAAAGUUGCUACUCUCUACCCUUUGUUUUUUUCUGGUUUGUUCAUCUUCUUCUUCACGUGUCAGAUGCAGAUAUCACAAACUUGGUUUUCAAGGGCUGUGCAGAGCAAAAACUAGAGGACCCAUCUGGGAUAUACUCACAGAACCUGAAAUCCCUCUUGGAUUUGUUGGUGUCAGAAUCUGGAAGAAAGGCAUUCUUCACUACAACCUCUGGAGAAGGCCAGAAUAUGAUGAUGGGUCUGUACCAAUGCCGAGGAGACCUCUCAGACAAUGAUUGCUACAACUGUGUUAGCAAGAUUCCUGACAUGCUUGAAAACUUGUGUGGCAAGGUGGUAGCUUCACGUGUUCAGCUUACUGGAUGCUACUUGAGGUAUGAAAUUGUUGGGUUCAAGCAGGUGACCGAGACUCAACUGCUUCACAAGGUUUGUGGGUCAAAGAAUGAUAGUUAUGAUGAUGGGUUUGAGGAGAGAAGGGAGACUGCAUUUGGUAUGGUGGAAAGUGAUGUGAAAAAUGGUGGAGACUUGUUUUAUACAGGGAGCUAUCAGUCUUUGUAUGUGUUGGGGCAGUGUGAGGGUGAUUUGGGCAAAGAUGAUUGUGGGGAUUGUAUGAAAAGUGCUGAGGAUCAAGCCAUGGCAGAGUGUGGUGACUCUAUUUCUGCACAAAUUUAUCUACACAAAUGUUUCAUUAGCUACAGCUUUUAUUCUAAGAGAGGAGGCUCAUCUUCUGCAGGACGACUCGGACAGGCAGAGACACAAAGGACUGUAGCUCUUGUUGUUGGAGGGUUUGCAGCUUUAGGUUUCUUAAUUGCUUCUUUUUUAUUUCUCAAGUCAGUGCUUAAGAGAAAAGGUGAAAAGUAUUGA